UGCGGUGGGGGCACACAGGCGCGGCCGCCAGUCUGCCGCGGACGCCCAACUAAGACACGACAACCGAGCUUUGACGACCACUCACGUCGACCGCUGAUGGCGAACUUUUACUUUCGCGCACUAUUUUGAAUUCACCGUGUGCAGUGGAUGAUGUGAUGAAUAUGAACAAGUGAUUUUAUGUGAUAGUUGAGGACAAUACCAAUAUGUUACUGUGUAUUCCCCUUAUUAUUUGGAUCGCUGCUCAAGCGCCGGCUACGGCUCAAGUGGAACGACGAUGCGGUAACCCCGCGGUCCCACCGAAUGCUCGAGUAUCGCUGCCCACAGGAGACAUCGUCCCUGGCACAGUGGCUAAGUACGAGUGUGAUGAUGGAUACGAACUGUUCGGAGCUCAUCAGAGAGAGUGUACGUUGAGAGGCGAAUGGACGACGGAGCCGCCGUUUUGUGGCACAAACGUCGCCUUUCGAAAGCCAGCGAACCAAUCCACCACCGUGCGAGGUGGUGGCGCUGGCAACGGUAACGACGGUGAGAAGACAACUGAGCAUGAUGGUAAACGGUGCACGGAGACUCAGCGUGAAGCCUCACCCUGGUGGCAAGUGGACCUGCUGAGGCAUUACGCAGUGAAGGUCGUCAGGGUUACGACUAGAGGAUGCUGCGGUCACCAACCUCUACAAGACCUUGAAAUACGCGUGGGCAACAGCAGCUCAGAUCUCCAACGGAACCCACUAUGCGCCUGGUUUCCUGGCACCAUCGAUGAAGGUGUGACGAAAACUUUCACAUGCGCCAGACCGCUGAUAGGCCAACACGUGUUCCUGCAGCUAGUGGGGGUGGAAGGCUCACUGUCACUCUGCGAAGUCGAAGUGUUCACCACUGAAGAAUUCUCAAACGACCGCUGCGCCCCCGCCGGUGCACCAGCCGACAUAGAGUUGGCGGCUUUCUCAAGAAAUUGUUAUGAAUUCAAUGUAGCCAAGGGUGGCUCUUUCGAUGAUGCACGGAAGCAGUGCCAGUCGCACGGAGGUGACUUAAUACAUGGCUUUCAGGGUGCUACGUCAAGUUUCCUAAUUCAAGAAUUGGAGAGACGUAAAGCGCAAUUGAAGACUCAGCUGGUGUGGAUCGGAGCGCAAAAAGAACCAGGCCUCACUUCCAGGACUUGGAAAUGGGUUAAUGGUGAUGUGGUCUCCAAACCGACCUGGGGCAAGGAUCAACCGAACAAUUAUAACGGGGAACAGAACUGCGUGGUGCUCGACGGCGGGAGGGCGUGGCUGUGGAACGAUGUUGGCUGCAACCUGGACUAUCUCCACUGGAUCUGCCAGUACCUACCCCCGUCCUGCGGCAGUCCAGAUAAACUACUAAAUACUACUAUAAAGGGUGCAAACUAUCAUGUUGGUGCUUCGAUUGAGUACAAAUGCCCUGAAGGUCAUAUGCUGUUAGGAGAUGAGACAAGGGAAUGCAAGCCCGAUGGGUUUUGGUCGGGAUCAGCGCCUAGCUGUAAAUACGUCAACUGCGGUGGUGUAACGCCGAUCCAAGAUGGCGAAGUGACUUUAGUUGACGGCCGAACGACUCAUGGCGCUAAGGCAUUGUACACAUGUAGAGAGAACCAUACUCUCGUGGGGGAACCGGAGAGAGAAUGCGGCGACGAAGGAGUAUGGAGUGGGCAACCUCCGAAAUGUUUAUUCGAUUGGUGUCCAGACCCACCGCCGGUUGCCGGAGCUAUUGUUACUGUGGGUGGACAUAAAGCUGGUGACCUCGCUACUUAUACAUGUCAAAAUGGAUUUAUUCUCUUUGGGCCACCGAGCGUAACAUGCACUCUCGGAGGUCUAUGGUCGGGCACCCCUCCAUCCUGUAAGUACGUAGACUGCGGAACACCAGCUCAAGUCCACAAGGGAUCCUUCAGGCUUCUCAACGGCACUACCACAUACGGCUCCGUGGUCCAGUUCAGCUGCGAGACAGACUACUGGUUAGCUGGUGCCGAAGUCCUUACCUGCAACCGCGACGGGAAGUGGUCACACGACAUCCCAUCUUGUGAAUUGAUAUCGUGCUUGGACCCUGAAGUUCCAGCAGGCGGGUACAUGGAGGCGUACGACUAUAAUGUCCACUCCACAGUUUACUUCCACUGUGAGAGAGGACACAAGCUCGUUGGUGAACAGAGGCUCACCUGCCAACAAGACGGGGAAUGGUCCGGGGAGUACCCGAGAUGUGAAUACGUGGACUGUGGCAAACUUCCUCCAUUACCAUACGGCUCGACGGAGUUGUUGAACAGCUCCACCCACCUCGGCAGCAUCAUACAGUACUCCUGUACUACUAACUACCGUCUCGUGGGUCCUGUGAGGAGAAUCUGCACAGAAGAUCAUCAGUGGAGCGACACUUCGCCUAGAUGCGAAGAAAUUCGCUGCCCCGAUCCUGUGGUACCCGAAAACAGUAUCGUAUCCGUGACAGGCAACGACAGGAUGCAUGGACGCACACUCAUUCGCACCUCAGUGAGCACCAACUCGGGAAACACUUACCGCAUUGGCGCUAUUGUGAAGUACAGGUGUGAGAGAGGGUACAAGGUAGUUGGAGAGAGUCUAUCCAACUGCGAAGAUAACGGCCAAUGGAGCGGAGUCACGCCACGGUGUCAAUACGUAGACUGCGGGAACCCAGGCCGCAUUGAAAAUGGUAAGGUGACACUAGCGACCAACGCGACAUAUUACGGAGCCACAGCCCUAUAUGAAUGCGAAGAACAUUGGCAGCUAAACGGCGUGUCCAGGCGCUUGUGCCAGGAUAACGGCACCUGGAGUUCUGAAGCCCCAGUAUGUAAUGAAAUAACGUGUGUGGAUCCGUCAAUCCAGAUUAAGGGCAGCACAGGGCUUGUGGUGGUGACGUCAACCCUCAGCAUAGGUGGUGAGGCCCACUACCGCUGCGAUCGAGGGUACAGUCUCAAGGGGAACCAGACGAGGACCUGCUUGCCACGCGGCCAAUGGAACGGGGCACCGCCUGUGUGCAUUCCUAUUGACUGCAAGUCGCCAGGACAGAUCGAAAACGGCCGCAUUAUAAUAUCGAACAGUUCUACUCUCUUUGGAAGUUCCAUUGAGUAUCACUGUUUACCCCAGUACCAGAGGGUGGGGCCUUUCCUUCGCAAAUGUCUGGACGAUGGCAGAUGGUCUGGUGAGGAACCAACUUGCGAGUUGGCCACCAAUGAAGCAGCUGAAAGUGGAACCUUGCCGCUUAGCGUUGGAGUCGGCUGUGGAGUGGUUCUCUUCUUACUAUUGCUACUUGGCAUUAUUUAUUUAAGGCUCCGGAAAGCCACACCAGUUAAGAAUACAGAGAACAUCGAAGGCGCCGAACGUAAAGAGGACGCGAACGCUGCGGUGAUGAGCUACGCGACCCUCCACGACACGAACGGCCGCCAUAUUUACGACCACGUCACCGACAACGUAUACGACUCGCCGUAUAGCGAAAGGAUAGCCGACAACGUCGAGUACGGUCGAAGGAGUGACACAGAUUCAGCGUACGAGCCCGAGCCAACAGGACCUAAUGCUGUGGUCACAAUAAACGGUGUGGCUGUGCGUUGACCGAGAGACAGAUUAAGGUGGCAUUAGACUGAAAGAACAAAGAAUAUAAGAGAACAAAACAAAAUAUAGAGAAGAACAAGAACUUUAAAAUUUGUGAGUCAUAUAGCUCGAACAACGAAUAAAUGCUCUUAAAAUACAUAUUGCAAGAAACUUAUAGAAUAGUAAUAUACUAUGGUUACUGGUUGGAACAAUACUCGCUCACUUAGUCUAACUCCACCUUUGUGCAUUGAACAAAACUUUGAGCCGUUCUGCUCAAACGAUAUUCCUGUUAUUAUAUAUUCUAAUUGUAUACAUAGGUAACCAAAUGUGGUGGUAUCAAAGACAAUCCAAUUUUAUCUUGUGUCAUAAAGACUUUUAAUUGUUAGGUUCCUGUGAAUUGAGUCAACAUUGCACUCGUUACGAAAUUACUCACAGUGGUUACCAUUUUGUCUAAACUCGAAUGUUCAAACUAACAAAUAGAAUUAAGUGUAGAUAAUUUUUUCAAUUGGUCACACGUUUAAUGAAUGCAACGAUACUGAUGCGUUCCACAUCACCAACACUUACUAGGUAUUGAACCAAAGAUGUAAAUGAGUUGGAUUUGUACGAUUUAAGUAUGUAUUAGUUAGUUAGUAUUUAAUAAUUAUGGUGUACUCAGACAAGGGAUAUAUUAUUCGCGGCGGACUUUGCACGAAUCUGUCAGAAAUUCAUUACAGAUAUGAAAUAUAUAUAUAAAAUAAAAACAUUACAAUAUUGAUAGUCAAAAGUAUAUCGAGAAUUAUCCCUUGUCUGUACACACCCUUAAAAGGAUUGUAAUUCUUUGCGUUAUUUAUUUUUUUAUUGCAUUACGUUUAAUUGCGGACCAAGGAAAGCAAUCUAUAAGGAUACAUCGUCGAUAGCCAAAGAAUUACAGUCUUAUUCAUUUACUUUUAAUUCAUAAUAAAGAUACCCGUAUGUUCUGAAUUGAAAGUAAAAGUUAAAAUUUAAGGAAAAAUAUAUACAAUUAUAUUUAUUUUGUUAUAAAUAUAUUAACGCAUAAUAUAGAAAUUGAUGCCAAAAUAAUUACGCUGUCACUUUCUGUGCUUAAAAUAUAUGCUAUGUUGUUCCUUUUUUUUAUUAUUUCUAAUGGCACUAAUAUUUACACAUUAGCUAUUUCAUAUAUAUUUAUUCCUUUUUCAAUACUUACUUUUUAAACCUUUAUUUCUUUCAUUAUUAUUUAAUUACUUUUAAGUAUCUUUCUUUCUCUUUUUAGAUAAUCACCUAGACUAUCGAAUGAAUUUAAUGUUUAGUUUCAAAGAAAAUAUUUGUCUAGCUAUACAAAAUAUUGUUAAUAUUACAAUUUCGAUGUUUCGAUAAUGAAAGGAUUGGAAUGAUAAAUAGUUUUCCCCGAGUUUGUGGGCAGAAACAUAAUAAAUUUUUAUACAUUGCAAUUGGUAUGUGUAAUAUUAUACGUAUUUUUAUUUUAAAAAUGUAUAAAUACUUAUACUGAGAAAAAUUAAAAGCAUAGGUUGAUAUAAUAGAUUAUACUGCGGUCCCGAUCUUAAAAAUUAAAGGCAUAAUAAUAUAGAAUAAUGAAGAGUCAUAAAUGACAUAAUAAUAUCUUAAUAAUAAAAAUUAUAUUUGCAUUUCCAUGAAAAUAAUUACUUAACUAUACAUAAUAAAAACAAAAAAGUAUAAUUAAUACAAAAUUAAUGGUGAUAAUUAUAUAUUUAUUAUAAAUAUACUGAAUGUGUUCAGUUUGUGCUUUGUUUUGUAAAUAUAAAUUAGAAAUUUAGUUAAUAACUUGUAUUUUAUGCCAGGAGACACUGCCAAAAUUUUUAUUUGAUUUAAUUAAAAUAUUCAAUACUUUAAAUAUAUACUUAAAAUAUUUUACAAAGUGUAACAGACAAUGACACGAUAAUUAGAAAUGCAAUAUUCAAAUUUAUGAAACUCAAUGACUAAAAAUAAAAUUAAGUGUACAGAGAUCCACGAUUAGCUAAACUGUGUUCAUAUUUAAAAAAAUAUUAUUCAGUUUUAUUAACACCUGCUGCAUGUUUGGAAUUUGAAUUCUUCAGUUUAUCCUUUACGUUUGUCUAAAGGGUCUAAUAAUCUUUAUUCAUUUACCUAAAACCAAGUGUACGUAGUAUUUAUUUCAAAUUAUAAAAGUUUAAAAUAGCUCUGAUAUUACAAGUUAAUGUAUUUUCGUAUGUGCCUUAACGUUUAUUAUUUUUACUAUUUAGGUUAGGUAAUAAGUACUUCUUUUAUAGCUCUAUGCUUUUAUAUUUCAUAAAAACUAUAUAAGUUUUAUAUGUAAAUAGUUAGUUCGUAGUUUCAUCUCCAAAUGUUGCGAAGAUUAAGAAAAUAUAAAUGUUCAAUCUAGAACAACGUAUAUAUGGUCAUAUUAUUAUUAUUUUGUUAUAUUUUGUAUGUACAAUAAUUAAACUUAUACUUAUCACUUUCGUUAAAUAAAUGUCAUAAAUGUGA